AUGGCACCAACACCGACAAACCCAGAAGAACACGAACCGGCGCGACUCGAAUCUCUCGCAGAAACCCAAAACUCCAAAACCGCCCUUAAAUACCCCAAACGACCUCCACAGUUACACGGAAUCUCAGAGUUAGUUAACUCUCUCAACAUCCUAUCCGCUCCCGAUUUCUACGCCGUUCUCGACGUAGAACCCACUGCCGAUUCCAGCACCAUUCGGGAUCAGUACAACAAACUCUCUUCUCUUUUUCAUCUCGACAAUAACCGGGCUUCGUCUCGAGAAGCUUUCAGACUUGUCACGGACGCGUUUGGUGUUCUCUCUGAUAAAACACUCAGACAAAACUACGACGGUAAGGUUGAUCUUGAGAUUCGAGAAAAUAUGAGAACCUUUUGGACUGCGUGUUGUACUUGUAGGGUUUUGCAUCAGUUUGAGAGAAGGUAUUUGGGUCAUAAGCUUGUGUGUCCUGGUUGUAAUAGGAGUUUUAAGGCUGUUGAAGCUGUUGAGAAUGAUGGGUCUGGGGAAGAAGAGGAUAACACUUUGGGGGAGUUUAUGUUGAAGAGUAUCAAGAGAAAGAAAAAUGAGAAAAUGGGUUGUGAGAAAGGUGAGAGCUUUAAGAAUAAUCGGAAAAUGGGUUCUGAAAAAGGUUUUGAAAAAGGUGAGAGCUUUAAGGGUAAUGAUGAAGUGAGUGGUGAAAAAGGUGUGAGUUUUAAAAGUAAUGAUGAAGUGGGUGUUACUGGUAGAAUGAGAAAGAGAACACGUUUGGUUGAGGAGGUUUUGGAGAGUUCUGAAUCCAAGAAGGUUGAUGGGAUUGAAGAGGAAACGAUGACAUUGGCUGAAUUUCAAUCAAAAGUGAAGACUAAGAGAAAGGUUCAGAAAGAGAAAAUGAAGGGAUUGGAAAUUAAGAGUGUUGAAGUCAAGGAGAAGAAGAAUGAUGAUUCUGUGGAGAGAAAGGAGUUGAGACUUGAGAAGCAUAAGGAUUUUAUUGGAGAAGAGUUAGAAGCUAUGGCGGUUGCGGAUUCGGAUUUUUAUGAUUUUGAUAAAGAUAGAGUGGGGAGGAGUUUUAAGAAAGGUCAAGUUUGGGCUGUGUAUGAUGGCGAUCAUGAUGGAAUGCCGAGGCAGUAUGCUUUGAUUGAUGAAACUGUUUCGGUGAAUCCUUUUCAAGUGAGGAUAAGUUGGUUGGAUUUACAGAACGACGGGGAUGAAAAGAUUGUUAGCAGGGAGAAAUUAGGGUUUCAUAUACCUUGUGGGAGGUUUAGAGUUGCUAAGAAGACUAUAAUUAAUUCAGUAAAUGUUUUUUCUCAUGUUGUGGAUUGUGAUCAAGCAGCGCGCGAGGUUUACAAGAUUUAUCCUAAGAAGGGUUCGGUUUGGGCGCUUUAUAGUGAGGCGAGUCUUGAUGGAGGCGAGGGCAUAAGAUGCUAUGAAAUUGUUGUGCUUUUGACAAGUUAUAGUGAGAUGAAUGGUAUGAGCAUGGCAUUUCUUGAGAAGGUUGAUCGUUACAAGACACUGUUUAAAAGACAGGAGAGUGGGAGUCAUGCUGUUAGAUUUCUAGGGAAGGAUGAAUUUUGGUUACUUUCUCAUCAGAUUCCUGCACAGAAAUUUCCCGGCGACGAAGCUCCAGAAUUGUUGAAAGACUGUUGGGAGCUUGAUCCGGCUUCACUUCCUUCGGAUUUACUGACUAUUGGUGGAAUAGAUAAUUGA